AUGGAAAACGACCCCGACCGCUUGCCAGUGAGCCUUCGUCCAACCUACCAUAAAGACGAGAAUCCGGACCUUCCAUCGGUUCAAACAACACAGGAUCCCACAGAACAACACAGGAUUCCACAAAACAACACAGGAUCCCACAGAACUAAAUCGCACCCCACAGGACCCCACAGGACCUACAGACUUACACAGAGGACCCCACAAAUAAUGACGCAGGACCCCCUCAAAAAUACACACAGGACCCAGCAGACUCACUCAGGACCUUGCCGACGACUUAACCUUCAGGAAUUUCCUCCCUCAGCCUCAACCUCGCCUUCGGAAUCAUACACUGCCCCUUCUAACAUCAACAGACUGUCCCUUACAACACCAAGACACUGCCCCUUCCGACAUCAAGACACUGUCCCUUACAACACCAAGACACUGUCCCUUCCAACAUCAACAGACACUGUCCCUUACAACACCAAGACACUGCCCCUUCCAACAUCAACAGACACUGCCCCUUCCAACAUCAACACACACUACACUGCCCCUCCCAACAUCAACAGACACUGCCCCUUCCAACAUCAACAGCCCCUUCCAACAUCAACAGACACUGCCCCUUCUAACAUCAACAGACUGUCCCUUACAACACCAAGACACUGCCCCUUCCGACAUCAAGACACUGUCCCUUACAACACCAAGACACUGUCCCUUCCAACAUCAACAGACACUGUCCCUUACAACACCAAGACACUGCCCCUUCCAACAUCAACAGACACUGUCCCUUACAACACUGCAGUCACACCUACUGUCCUUCCACCAUCGAAGCCACCCCUCCUGCCCCUUCCAACACGCUGCUACUUCCAGCACCACUUCCACCGUCCCGCCUCCAUAACAGCAGCGACUCUCCUCUCAUUCCUGACUCUCCUUGUGUGGCUCUCCCUUACAGUGGUUCUCCCUUACAGUGACUCUCCCUUACAGUGGCUCUCCCUUACAGUGGUUCUCCCUUACAGUGGUUCUCCCUUACAGUGGAUUCUCCCUUACAGUGGAUUCUCCCUUACAGUGGAUCUCCCUUACAGUGGAUCUCCCUUACAUGACUCUCCUGGGCCGCCCUCUCUCUACGAUCACAACAGCCCUUCUCAGCUGCUCACUUGCUUCUAA